GGCAAAUUACAAAUAAAUAAAAAAAUUAUUAGUAUGCAGAAAAAAAAUGAAAUUAUAUAAGAAAUUAGGCCAAAUCACGUUCAAAACAUUAAAGUAUGUGUAAAUGAGUCAUAAGUUAAUGAGACGAGGGUUGGUCAUAAAAAUCGAAUACCCACUGUUGAAUGUUUGUUUACGCUUGGCACUCACGUGUUUCUGGGCUCCUGAUGGGCGAAAGUCGACGUCGACCGUCCGGAGUCUUGACGAUCACUGGCUUUUUCUACCCAGGCUCGGUUGCAAUCAAGUGAAUAUCGACCGAACGAAUGCGCGCGCGCCCUCCAACAAAUGCAACUCGCCUCGACCUACCGCACUGCGACUCCAACGAAGGACCUCCUGGGUCCUUCUAGUCCUGGAAGGACCGACUUCCCCAGGCGGCGCACUCAUUCCCGAAGGAGGGCUUUUCCUACUAGAAUAGGGUGUUAAAUCGAUCGAUUUUUAUGCCAAAAUAUUAAGUGCUAAAAUCACGAGUUGAAACUAUUAAGAAGAGGUCUUAAAUUUGAGCUGUCAGUUUUACACCAAAACAGACUGUACAGUCGUCACUUCAGUAGACUAAGGUUACGUCAUGCAGAUUCAAAAGUUCGGUGGAAGAUGUAGAAGAAAACCUGAAAACCUGAAACCGUAGAUGUUGUCUGCAUGUAGGUUUCUACUUUCUUCUGUUUUAAGCGGAUGCAGCUAGGUUCUUGUUUCCAUUGCCUUAAAUCUCUUUUUUUGUCUUUAUAAAGACAACCGAAUACAGCCUUGCCUUUUCCACACUAACAAUGGGGAUUAAUUUUAAUCACCCAAGUCAGAACCGAUGCCAAAUUUCUUAAACGGGCAUAACUGAAAAUAAUUUUCAACACUUUUGCCAAGUAUCGGUUCAAAGGCUUGAAAUGACAAGCCACGAGAGACUACAAGUGCAAUCUGAGUUAUACGGGGAGGAUGCUUUUCGACGGGUAGAAGUCACUGGGAAUGGAAAUUCCUUGGUGUUACUCAAAUUUGCGACCAAAACCGAUGAAAAGAACGUACGGUAUGAUGAAGAUGGUGAUAUUGUCAUACCAAGGAAGCAAAAUUUACUGCUUGAAUUUUCUGAGACUACAACUAUCGACUUAGUCGGUUUACAACUAUGGAGAGGCGCUUUUCUUCUGUCAGAUUUUAUUCUGUCAGAACACUCCCAUCUCUUUGAGAACAAAGUCAUACUUGAGCUUGCUUCAGGAAUCGGGCUUACCAGCAUUGUCGCAGGGAUGGUUGGCAAACGGGUCAUUUCGACAGAUGUAAACCAAAAGGAUGUACUUGAUUUAUUAAGUAGAAACAUCGAGAGGAAUAAUGACAUUGUUAAAGCACAGAUGACUAUAGAGGCGCUUAAUUUUUAUCAAACGGAUUGGUCAGUGGAAAUGAAGUGUAUGCUAAAUGAAACUGACAUUGUUAUUGCUGCUGAUGUUGUAUAUGAUGAUGAGUUAACAGAAGCUUUUGUUCUCUGUCUGACUAAAAUUCUUUUAGAGCCACCACAGAAGAUAUUUUUUCUCGCUUUGGAGAAAAGAUACGUGUUCACAUUGGCAGAUCUCAACAGCGUACCGCCUUGCUAUGACCAUUUCAUAACAUUCCUGCAUGAAACAUGGAAACCGUCUCCAAUGUCCAACUGGAGAGUGGAAUUUGUCGACACUGAUUUUUACCAGUCUUUCGAUUACGAUCGGACAGAACAAUUGGUCCUUUUGAAAAUAUCAACAUGAAUAUUACGUACAUAUAAGACACUAUAAAUAUUAUUUUUGUACUAUGGACAAUUGUAAUACAAGAUUUUACAAUUAAAUCCUACACUUUUUGUUAA